AUGGCAGGGUGGGAUGCUUGGAACCCCUUCUCGAGGAGGGAGACGCACAGCCAUGGCUCUGUUCUCACAUACAAAAUCUUCGUCUUGCUGACCUGGCUGGUGUCGGUCAUUGUCAGCGUGUACUACUCGGCGGGAGUGCAUCACCAAAAGGCAAACUUCCACCAGGCCAUCUGGUACCUGAAUGACCACUACCGCACCGCCUUUACCAUGAAUCAUGUCCUCGCCGAGGUCUACUGGGUCGUGCUCUUCAUCCUCCAAUUCGGAUACGCCACCUCGCUCUUCUCCAGCAACGCCGACGUCGUCCACUCCGCAGCCAGCGUCGGCAGCCACUUCAUCUUCAACAACAUCCUGCACGUCAUCUUCGUGCUGCUCUUUGUCAACAGGCACUUUGCCAUUGCCGAGGUCAUCCUGAUCCUCAACUUUGCCAACCUCAGCUCGCUGUACUUCCGCCACAACACCACGCCGCGCUUCAUCCAUGUGCCUGUUGCCUCGGGCCCGUUGGCGUGGACCUUUGUGGCCAUUUACUGGAAUGGCGCCAUCAUGGUGCCACACCCGGCCACCUUGGUGGCCAGAAUCUUUGGCAACAUCUUCAUCUGGUCCAUCUUGGUCUAUGGACUGUUCUUCAUCACUGCCUAUAGUGACUACACCAUGGGCUUCGCUCUCAGCGUCCUGUCCGCCGCAAUUGGUGUCGCCCAGUUCAAGCGCCAGGUCAUUGCGUUCCAGUGGAUCUUCGCCUUUGUCAUCAUGGCUGUCCUCUUCGUGCUGACCAUUGCCAUUGCUGCCCCGCGCGCCGCCGGCAGAGACGCCAGAUGGAGGCGCGUCACUUCUGCAGACCAGGAACGUGCACCGCUCCUCAAUGAGUCUGCCGCCUAG